AUGAUCUCGAAACCGGCUCCAGAGUGGGAGGCAACUGCUGUUGUUAAUGGUGAAUUCGAGCAGCUUUCAUUGUCAAGCUUUAAAGGAAAAUAUUUAGUAUUUUUCUUUUAUCCUUUAGACUUUACAUUUGUUUGUCCUACGGAAAUUUUGGCGUUUUCUGAAAGAAUUGAAGAGUUUAAAAAGAUUAAUACAGAAGUAGUUGCUUGUUCUGUUGACUCUCAUUUUACACAUCUUGCAUGGAUAAAUACACCUCGAAAAGAAGGUGGUCUUGGAAAGAUAAGUAUUCCCCUUCUAAGUGAUUUAACCCAUUCUAUUGCUAAAGAUUAUGGUGUGUAUUUGGAAGACUUGGGUCAUACACUUAGAGGUUUAUUUAUAAUAGAUGAUAAAGGUAUUUUGAGGCAAAUUACAAUGAAUGAUUUGCCAGUUGGCCGAUCAGUGGAUGAAACUUUAAGAUUAGUGCAAGCAUUCCAAUAUACAGAUAAUCAUGGAGAAGUGUGUCCAGCAGGCUGGAAACCUGGCCAAGACACUAUAAUACCGAAUCCUGCAGAGAAAAAGAAGUACUUUGAAAAGGGAGAAUUUACAAGAAGUGCCAAAAUUUACACAGAAAGU